AUGCCGAGAACACCUAAGAAACGUGGGCGGCCUCGAAAAUAUGACACGCCGAAGGACAAGGCUAAGCAAGACGUCGUCGCCAAGCGCGCUCGAAGACGGCUUCGGAAGCAAGCAGCGCACGGCAACAUCAGAUUCCAAAUCUAUGUUUCUGCACAGACAGAAGCUUUGCCGACUACACCCUCACAAGGUAUCGAGUCAUAUGAAGCGAGCCCUUUAGUUGGCCCUUCAGAGGCAGAUAGUUCGUUGAAUCGCGUCGAGUCAUCCAUCUCGUCAACUGACGCGGUCGUGACCAGAGGUGAACAGCCUCCGCAAUCGAUAGAGGGGAACGGCCUGGCGUCACCGUACUUACAGCAUCUUGGUAACACGUCGGGACCGCAUACGGUAACAGCAUCGUUCUCAACUUCGCAAGAAGGCCCAGCGGAGAUUCUGUUGCCCUCAAGCCCUGACGGGAUCCCGAGUGAUCGUACGAGUCACGCUGCAGAAGAGGGUGUCAUAUGUGUAGAAUCAGACUGCGAGCUAUGCCAUAUCAGCAAUGUAUCAAGUCCUCGUGAGGUUGAAUACACAGCAGAAUCAUUAUACGAGAAAGGAGGCGUUACGACAAGUCCAUACAUGGUAUUUGAAGACGACAUGGGUAGGCCACGAAAUGAUGGGAACACAAGACAACACGAAGAAGAAGCUGCAGAAGAAGCAACGUCUGAUCUCGAAUCUCAGCCUGAGCAUGCCUGGGAACCUGAUUCCAGUUCUGAGUCGGACGUCUCAGAUAUGCGAAGCGAGGUGGAGAUCGACGAUGAAGACGAACGCAUCAGCGUCUUGGUGGAAUCAGAUGCCCACUCAGCCAAGUGUUUUUUGGAAAGAAACUGGGCAUACACUUGUGACUGCGAGGAGGAGGCAGAAGAAAACGGAAUAGAACACACCAACAACAACGAGCCGCAAGUAUAUGGCCGACUGGAUAUGGUCGACUACUGGCGGGGCCUUGCAGUACCAGACUCAUUCGGUCGUGCCUCACCUCAUGCUGAAGUAGGUGAAAGCGAUGAUGCUCAGCUAGACUGGUCUUCGAUCUUGAGCGGUGGAGACAAUCGUCCAAAAUUAGAUAUUCAAAUGUCGCAGAGAAGCUCCCCUGACGUCCAGCGCACUUGGGAUGUGGAUAGUAUCAUUUCCUGGGCUACCUGC